GCUGCGGACUGUACCAAGUAAACCCGGACAGCGAGGGGCAAGGCCCGGAACCCCCUGCUCGAGCCUUGUCGAUGGCCCGACUCAGCCCCUCUUCCCACUAUGCUACAGGAAUGGUCUAUCUCGCCGCGCAAGCGCCCUAGGCUCUUCACGCCCCUCGCACUCCCUCCUACCCCACUUGCAGCGCAGGCGCAAAGCCGGGGCGUGCAGCCGCUGCCGCCGAGCCGGAGCUGGGGCCGCCAGCGCCGGUGAGUGUCCGGGAUGGAGCAUCCCUCUCUACCUGCUGACAUCCUGCAUCAGAGGACUUGUGGCCGACGUGUGGCUGUGGAAAGCUGGCCAGGGAGGGACACUGCCCAGCUGCUGCUAGCUCCUGUCUCCUGUCCCCUCCCCUGGCCAUGACAGAAACCCGUGAGCCGGCUGAGACUGGGGGCUACGCCAGCCUGGAGGAAGACGAUGAGGACCUCUCUCCAGGCCCCGAGCAUUCCUCUGACUCCGAAUAUACUCUCUCAGAGCCGGACUCCGAAGAGGAAGAAGAUGAGGAGGAGGAGGAAGAGGAGACCACUGAUGAUCCCGAAUAUGACCCCGGCUACAAGGUGAAGCAGCGCCUGGGGGGGGGCCGGGGGGGCCCAUCCCGCCGGGCCCCCCGUGCAGCCCAGCUCCCGGGCCCCCCAGCCCAGCCCUGCCAGCUCUGUGGCCGCUCCGCCCUUGGGGAGGCCCCACCGGGCACCCCGCCUUGCCGGCUCUGCUGCCCCGCUACAGCCCCCCAGGAAGCGCCAGCUCCUGAAAGUAGGGCCCUCGGGGAGGAAGAGGAGGAGCCGCCUCGGGCUGGGGAGGGCCGACCAACUGGGAGGGGGGAGGAGGGGGAGGGGGAGGAGGAGGAGGGGGAGGGGGAGGAGGAGGAGGAGGGCGGCGCCUACCACUGUACCGAGUGCGAGGAUUCCUUUGACAACCUCGGGGAGCUGCACGGGCACUUCAUGCUGCAUGCCCGGGGUGAGGUGUAGGCAGCGCCCCGACCUAGGGAGCUUGG